AUGCCUGCGGGCGUCAGUGAUGGCGAUGGUCCGCAGGCUAAGCACGCUGUGGUGCUGGGUGGGGGUUGGCGGUGGUGGGGGGGCGGUGGGGUCCGGGCGGCCGUGGCGUCCACGGGGCCCGGCCAGCGCGCGCCCUGGGCUGUCCCGCCCAUCCGAGGCCGGAGCAGCGUUCUGCGCAACCGAGGGCUGCUCCGACGACAGGGCUGCCCCAGCAACCUCCUGUGCUGCGACAACGGCUGCGUGCACGUGUGCAGGAACCCCGUCUUCGAAGACAUGGCAUCCCGUUCGUGACACACUAACUGGAGCAGAAAUGGAAAAUAUACAGUCUUUUAAAAAUAUUUUGUAUUGACAACUUCAAAUAUGUUUUUCUACACACUAGAUUUCUGUGCAAAAAUAAAAUAUAUAGUAAUAUAUUUUCUGCUUUUAUUGCCAUGUAUUUCUCUAAAUCAGAUCUAAGCGAGUUUGAGCUUUUUCUUAUUACCACUAUCCCAUCAUUUAAAUUUCCUCUUAUUUUCAUACAUCAAAUUAUCACUAAUAUUGAUUUGAUCACUAAUUUUGCAUGACUGAGUUGUGAAAUCCGAGAGGUAAAAGAAAACAAAGACUACCUAUCUUGUCAAAUAAUUUUCACUAUUCGAAUACUGUAAAAAAUAUUUUAAAAUAUAACCUCAAUGAAUUGUAUUACAACAUGCAUAAAAAACUUUAACCCCAUCAAGAAUAUAAGAGGAAAAAUCUAAGAAAGUCUAUCAUCAAGUUUUUGCUCAAAACUCGCCUAGCUUCUACACAAAUUUGGGUCGUGUCACUACAUACUUUUUAGAAUACCAAUUCCUUUUCGGAAUAAAUCACAUAAGUACGAAAUUCAUUUACGUGGAAUACGAGUUCUUAAACGCCAUCUUUAUCAACAACUUAUAUGUGCUCAUUGUUAUCAACAGACGCCGGACUAUUGAAUUCCUUAACGGGCGCCAAUAGUUCAGAUAGGCUUUCAUCUUUGUAUCUGAUGUGAUGUCGAUACAACAAUACAUUAUUACAAAAAAGUGUAAAUGGCAAAUGCAGUAAUUUGUUGGCACAGAGAUUAGAUGCAUUU